AUGUCUCGGCCAACUGAGUUUCCUCGCUUCCAGGAGCUUCCAACCGAGCUCCGCGUCAUGAUCUGGGAGAUGAGCCUACCCGAGAUCCCAUCCCCUCGGUCUUGCGUGGGAACGCUAGUCCACACAGCAACGCAGAAUUGGAAGAGCGGCAGCCUGGAGAUCAAGCCCCGGCUGCGGGGUUUCGGUGAGAUCCCGAUUCCCGCGCUGAUCUGGGUGAAUGACGAAGCGCGCCAGCUCGCGAUGUCCUGGGCUAGGAAGAAGCAGCACAACUGGUUCCCGAUGGUCAUCAACAAUGAUAAAUACCGGCUCUGGUUUGACGGGCUGCGGAGAGUGUUUACGAUGCGGUACCAAUACGAAGUCGACAUCACCAGUAAUGAUAUGGUCUACGUGUCGCAGAAGUCGUACAACACCGUGCGCUCCCUCAUGGAAGAGGCCCACCGGACGUCGCGAUCAUGGCAGUACCACCGGCUAGCGGUGCCGCUGGAUGUGCUGAGGAGCGAUAUCAAUGCACUGCGGGUCCUGUAUCAGUGCUUCGAAUUCCUCGGCCAUGUGUAUGUGGUGGUGAAUCCGAUGCCCGCGAAGGUCCGGCUGAAGGACUGGUGGGCGUUUGAUCCCGAGUACUGGCUCGAGGGAAAGCAUAUCUCGAUCCUCGGGAAUAAAGCGCAUGGCUCGACCAAUUGGCCUCGUUUUCCUGGGCUGGUGCUCUGGAAUGAUUUCCCGCCCAUGUUUGAUCAGGAGGUCUACGACCUGAUUGACGAAGCUAAUCGCCGGAUCAUUGCCAGUGAGAGAGUUUUUCGUAUCGUACCGAUCCGUGCGCAAAUCUUCGGUGGAACCUGA